UCGCUAAAUUACCACCACAGUUUAUUUACCCUUUAAUCUUUGACACAUCGAAACAAGUGAAGAGAGAGAAGAAAACAUAACAUUACGUCAAAACAACUAUAUUUUUUUCUUAAGCAGCCAAAGAAAUUUUAAAAAUUUUUGUGAUUAAUUACGAGUGAAAAAGUAGAAAAUUUAAUUUUUAUUGCUAAAAAAAACGUAGUUAAAUUUGUUGUCAACCAAACUGCCUCUAUUUACUGUUGUUGUUGAACAGCAGAGAUUGUUUAAAAUAAUUGAAAGUGUUCGAGUGCUGAGUAAUGGCAGAAUCAAUAGUCCAAGAUUGGUUGACGGAUUUUCAACGCAUACAGGGUCAACCUUCAGAGGUUAAAGAAUUUGCCAAUGAACAUGACAGUGACUCGGAAAUAGCUGAAGCGAUUUUUACCAUUUUGCAUGAUCGUCAACGGCAUGAAUCAUUAGUUCACGAUAUCUGUCAACAGUUGUUGGCCUUCUAUCGCAGCACGGAAAAAUCAUUACAAAAGUUCCCAUUACAAUUUAUACCUGUUCUAAUCUAUACGUACCUGCAUGCCGUUGCUGGUGGUGAUAAAAAGGGAGUACGUAGUUUGGAAACACUUUUAAUCUGCAUUUACAAUGGCGAAGUGUCUACGGAAGAGGGCGGUGAACGGGUGGUGCAAUUUCGUAUGCCUAUUUUAGCCCAAGCCUCAGUGUACCACGAAGAAAAGAAUUUACCGCUAACUGAUCUACGGCGUUGGGAAGAGAAUUGUAAUCGCGAGGUAAAGUGGGGUCCACAUCCACGCAUUGAAGCGAUUACAGCCCAAAAUCGUCUGAGGAUAAUGACCGCAUUAUUGUUUUGUUACAAUCAACAAGUUAGUUUAACACAAAAAUCUGCACUUAUACACUUGUGUCGAGUGUCUUCACAGUUAGUGGCAGAAGGAUUUAAUACGAAGUCAACUCAUGCUCAUAGGAUCUCAUAUGGCUCGGAUCCUUCACUAAUGCCCAAAUCAAUGAUUCCGCGCAUUCCAUUAUCCUCAGCAUUCCUUGUGGAAUUAGUGCAUGCCAUUUACUUUGCCAUGUUCAAUGGUUUUGGUACUGUGGCCAUCCAAACACUGGAAGACAUUCAUAAUAGAGCAUGCUUUGAAAUGUACACAGAAUUAAUUCUAAUCACGAGUGCGGUACGCAACUCUCUGCAUGCCAAUCCCUCUGGCCAGCCGAGUGAUGGUCCCAUGGGCCUGAGUGUAGCUCUAACACCAUCCACCAAUACUGUAACCACCGCUGUCUCAAAAUCAAUGAUAACAAAUGCAUCAUUCCGUACGAAAAAAUUACCUGAUGACAUACCCAUCCAAGUGCAAGAUCUAACAAUGCCACAGGCGACUCAACAGCUGGCCAGUGUUACUGAAGAAACUGCCGAACAAACACAAAAUGCUAAAGAGGGCAAGGAAUCGGGCCAGGGUUCACGAAAUUCCAUAAUAAGACCCAGCAUGGAGGGCAUCAAGGCCCAAGCUCAUAAAGCCUUAAUAGCAGGUUUCAAGAAAUCCAAAGGCAAGGAGAAGGAUAAGGACAAGGAUGUUAGCGAUUCUACAACAGGUGCUCAUCAAACAAACGGCAACACAGCCAUAAAUAAUAUAGAUAGUAGUACUAAACCACCGCAACGAAAAUUAGAUAAACAUAUGCAACGUAAUUCCCUUAUGCAACUGCAAAUGGAGAGCUCUUCGUCGGAGUUUGAGAAGAGUCCGGGUCCGGUAAAAGGCAAAACUUACGAAUCAUUAGAUACCAUGGAAAUGUUACCAAUGCAAUCGCUAUUGGCCAACGAAAGCGGUAGUGGUAGUUUUAGCAUUGACAGUGAUUUGAAUGGUGGUGCUCUUGUAACAGGUACAAACGUUAGUGGAGGUCUAGGUGGUGGAGGAAGUGUCGUCGGUGGUCUAACCAAUAAUAGCAAUAAUAAUAGUACAACAACUACCACCUCUUUAACUAGCAGUGACCUGUUAACUACAAAAAGUUUCGAUAGCAGUAUCGAACUGCCACCACUUAGUGCAACGCCCGGUAUUGUGGGGGUAAAAACGAAUGAUACACUUGUGGAUUAGUGCUUUUCUAAGGCUUCCAGUGGCCUAGGCUACUUAUAUUAUGGUUAAAAUCUAAUUUCACCUGUUUAAUAGCAUACAUACAAAAUUAUCUCUUAUUUGAUGAUGAUCAUUGGUACAAACAAGACUAUUUUUUUUUUUUAGUUUUUUGUUUUUUGUUAAACAUUUUUGUUCUAAGGGUGAAGGAGGUGAGGUGUUGUUUUAUAUGUUUAUAUUUUUGUUUAUAUGCAUACACAUAUUUUCAUAGAUAUAUAUGUUGUAUGUAUGUAUGUUAAGAUUAAAGCACUUUUUGUUCUAGUGUGCCAAUGAGUUACGAGGUAUUCCAUACAUUUGUAUGUGCAUUUUAUAAUUAAAUCUUUUAUUUUUAACUAAAGAAAAAAUAAACAAAAAAUACUUGUUGAUAAACUGAGAUUGUUGAACUUAAUUUAAAUGUAUAACUAAACAAAAUAAUUAAACAGCAUACAUAUUUACUAAAUAUUUGCGUUAUGUUAAAACAAGCAAAAUUUGUGUUAAAUUUAAAAAAAAAACA